CACGCAUCUCCUUCUCUUCCUCUAAAACAAACAACCAAACAAAGAAACAAACACUUUGCUCCCUAAAAUAUAAAAAUUUACUAAACAGAAGUUCAAGAACAAAUUAUAUAUGUAUAUAUAAUAAAGAACCAGUGAACGUUUCGAAGAAUUUGGUUGUGUAAUUUUUUUUUUUUUGCUUCUUCUUCUCUUCAUUGUUGGACGCGGCAGCGUUUUGAUUAAGCUUCUUUUGGUAAAAGAUUGAUUUAUUUUGUGAUUUGGAGGAGUUGAUGUGGAGAUUGGUGUAAAAGUAAAUCAAAGUUAUAAAGAUGGUCACUGGGAGUAACAUAGAUAUGCUACUGAGCCUAGAUGAUCAUCUACAAAGGCCCAAUGGUAAUUUGGAAGAUAGUUUCCAAAGUGAGCUAGAGAUGAUACUACAAGCACAGCGCAAUCAGCAUUACAUUGAUCGUGAAAGAGAUCUCAACAUUUAUAGGAGUGGCAGUGCCCCACCAACUGUUGAGGGAUCAUUAAGUGCUGUGGGUAGUCUUUUUAGGAACCCAAAUUUUAGUGAUGUUAGUAGCAUUAGUAAUAGCAGCAGAAGUAAUACAGUUCUGAGUGAUGAUGAGAUUCGCUCACAUCCGGCAUAUCUUUCUUAUUAUUAUUCUCAUGAUAACAUUAAUCCGAGAUUACCACCACCAUUGCUGUCAAAAGAGGAUUGGCGUGUUGCCCAGAGGUUUCAAGCUAGCGGUCCUUUGCUUGGAGAUAUUGGAGACUUGAGGAAGAAAAAGUUCGUGGAUGAGGGUGAUGGUUCAUCACUUUUUUCGUUGCAGCCGAGGCUUUCUGCACAGAAGCUGGAUAAUGAUUUGAUGGGAAUACGGAAUGUUAGAAAUAAUUUCUCCAUGCAGAAUCCAGCUGAAUGGCUUGAUAGGGGCUCAGGUGAUUCGAAUGGACUGCAGAGUGCUGGGCUUGGUGCAAGGAGGAAGAGUUUUGCUGACAUUCUUCAGGAAGGACUUGAUAGACCUGCUUCCUUAUCAGGCCAUCUAUCGCGCCCAGCCAGUCAUAAUGCUUUUGGCGAUCUCUUGGGCACAACUGGGAUAUCUGAUUCCUGUCCAGUCGGUUUUGCUGGUGGAUUAGAGUCCUUGGAUGGCUUGCGUUCUGGAUCAGCUUCCCCUGGCCUGGUAGGAGUUAAAAGCCAUGGCACAACUGUUUCUCAUUCUUUUGCAUCUGCAAUUGGCUCAUCACUUUCAAGGAGUACAACACCCGAGCAGCAGCUAGUUGGAAGGUGUCCAAGUUCUGGUCUUCCUCCUGUGGGGAGCAAAGUUGCUUUUCUUGAGAAAAAGAAUGCUGUUGGCUCUACUGCUCAAAAUGGUCAUCUUUCUGGCAUAACUGAGCUUGGUGAAAUUACAGCUACAUUAUCUGGUUUAAACCUCUCAAAACUUAGGCAUCCAGAACAAGAUAGUCUCAUAGAGCUGGACAAUCAGGCGGACUUUCUUUUUAACACAUCCGAUGGUUAUAACCAUCUCCAGCAACAGCUCAGAGACAAAUCGAAUGCUGAAAAUUUCUCAUUUUCGGCUAGCUACAUUGAUGUAGCAAUGAAAAAUGGUGCCAUGCCAAACCUCAAUGCCUCAGAGUUUAAUACAAAUGGGGAAGUUAGUAUUCCCAAAAGAACUUCCUCUUUUACCAAUCUUCACUCCAAACUGAAUUCCUCUGGCCUUGGAGGUUUGCAAAGAUCAAAUGGGCAUCUUCAAAAUGCAAAUAUUCCAAGUAUGAAUUUUGUUAGUCAUUCACCUGGUGCCUACACCAGCAAUCAGAAGCUGGAUUCCUUGUUGAAGAACCAUCUUGAUGCAGGUUCAGCUUUAGGUGGCAAUGGAGUUGGACAUAGUUUGAAUAGGGCAGGAGAUCAAGCCGGCCCUGAAUUUCAUUCUCAAGUUAUGGACUCACGUUAUGCUCAGUACUUGCGCAGAACUUCUGAUUAUGAAACACGUACAAAUGGUCAACUAAGAAAUUUUUUUGGUAUUUCACAUGGAGACUUGGAUGAGGUCCAGAAAGCAUACCUAGAGGCAUUGCUUGCUCAACAAAACCAACAAUAUGAGCCUCUACUGGUUAAAUCUGGCAGUAUGAAUCAGGGGUACCAUAGGAAUUCGUCAUAUGGCCUUGGCAUGCCUUAUCUAGGAACUUCAAUGGCAAACUCUGUCCUUCCUUCUGUUGGAUCUGGAAGUUUUCAGAAUGAGCAAGUUGCACACUUCACUUCCACGGUAAGAAAUUCAAUGGGAGGAUCCAUUGGGUCAUGGCACCCUGAUGUUGGCAGCAACAUAGAGAGAAGAUAUGUGUCAUCCUUAUUGGAUGAGUUCAAGAACAACAAGACAAGGUCUUUUGAACUUUCGGACAUUGUUGAGCAUGUUGUUGAAUUCAGUACGGAUCAGUAUGGAAGUCGCUUUAUUCAGCAGAAAUUAGAAAUUGCUACUGCUGAAGAAAAGAACAAGAUUUUCCCUGAAAUUAUUCCUCAUGCUCGUACCUUGAUGACUGAUGUGUUUGGAAAUUACGUCAUACAGAAAUUUUUUGAGCAUGGUACAGAAAGUCAAAGAACAGAGUUAGCCAACCAGCUAACUGCUCAUGUUUUACCUCUUAGCCUUCAAAUGUAUGGAUGCAGAGUAAUUCAGAAGGCCUUGGAGGUGGUUGGUGUGGAUCAGCAGACUGAAAUGGUGGCAGAGCUUGAUGGUUCAAUCAUGAAAUGCGUUCGUGAUCAGAAUGGUAAUCAUGUUAUUCAGAAGUGUAUAGAAUGCGUACCUGAAGACCGAAUUCAAUCUAUAAUCUCUUCUUUCUAUGGGCAAGUUGUAGCACUUUCCACGCAUCCUUAUGGCUGCCGUGUCAUUCAGAGGGUCCUUGAACACUGUGAGAGCAUUGACACACAACAAAUUAUUAUGGAUGAAAUUAUGCAAUCUGUGUGUGUUCUUGCACAAGAUCAAUAUGGGAAUUAUGUAAUUCAGCAUGUCCUUGAACAUGGCAAACCACAUGAACGUUCUGCUAUAAUUUGCAAGCUUGCUGGGCAAAUUGUAAAGAUGAGUCAGCAGAAAUUUGCUUCUAACGUUGUGGAGAAGUGCCUAAUUUUUGGUGGUCCUGAGGAGCGUCAAAUUUUGGUGAAUGAGAUGCUCGGUUCUACUGAUGAAAAUGAGCCCUUGCAGGUCAUGAUGAAAGAUCCAUUUGGGAAUUAUGUUGUGCAAAAAGUUCUUGAGACCUGCGAUGAUCGGAGUCUUGAGUUGAUUCUUUCUCGUAUCAAGAUUCAUUUAAAUGCCCUGAAGAGAUACACAUAUGGCAAACAUAUAGUCUCUCGUGUUGAGAAGCUCAUUACUACAGGAGAAAGGCGCAUAGGAAUGUCAUCCUCAUUCUCCUCGUAAGGUACUUUUUAGCCAGAAACGUGGAAGGCACUUUUUCUUUGCCGCACAGGUGGAAGAUAGUAAAAAGAUGAAAGAUACUUUGUACAGCUAACAUGGAAGGCAAUUUUCACAAGUUAUCUCAUCUUUUAUCUUUUGCAGUGAUUAUAACUGUAAAUAAACAUAAAGCUAUGAGGCCUAUGGAAUAAGAUCUUUUUGUUAAUAUCCUUAUUGUAAAUUCAACUCUCUUAUGUAAUUAAUAAUGAGUCUUCUUAUGAGAUUAGGUAGAGAAGAUCAGAAAGGCAAUUUACAGUUUUAUGCCUUUCCGAGAGCACAAAUAUCUAAUUAGUUUGUAAAGAGAUAUUCAGUGUAAAUGUCUAAUUCGGAUGAUAAAAGGAAUUUCAUUGGUCUAA